CACUGAAUCACAGCGCGAGGACACCCACACUGCGCGAGCGCUCUCUCUCUCUUUCUCUCUCUCGUGCUGUUAGAGGCGGUGCAUCCUGCGCUCAUUCGUCUGUACAGGGAGUUUGAGUUCCGAUCCUCUUCAUCACACAGAACUGAACCUGCUGACAGUUUUCACGCGGAUCCCGCGCGCGCGCACUGCAGAUGCGUUAACACUUUUGCGGCUUCCUUCUACAGAGACUCACAAAGGAAAUAUAUAUAUCAGACACGCGCAUCAUUCCAGCGGACCGAACCGGAUCUGCAGGUCUGGAUCCGUGGACGGCAGGCAACAGGAGAAUCUCGAGCACAAGUGGAUGUUGAAUCGCGCUUUCCAUGGUGCUGAAAUGAUCUGAUCUGAUCUCAGCCCCUCAUCAUCAUUAUCAUCAUCGUCAUCAUCUGCACAGCAGGUGCGUCUUUCGCUCUGAGCUGUGAUGCUCUUCAUGGAUUGUAAGAUGGUGGAUGCUCUUCGCGGCCGGAGGAGGUUGCGGGUGUCUGUCUUUAAGCCGCCCUGUUCGUUCUGGUUUCUGCUGCUGUUCGGUGUCGGAGGACUCGUUCUCUUCAUCCACCUGCAGGAUCUGUCUGAUAUGGUGCUACAACAGGCUCCAGCAGGUGUGAAGUUCAGGGGCACCACUCAGUCCAGACAGGAGCAGUGCGCCCAGUUCAGUGAGGUCGUGGGCAGCGUCUCCGCUAGACUCAACCAGCGGUCAGAGGAGGGCGAUGUUGACCCCAUCUCACCCAUGCAGCUGCCAGAUUCCCAGUGGAAACGACAAGCCGCCACACCGGGCUCCCGAGAGCACGACCCGGGCUCCCAACAGGUCACCAAACGCCACCGGAAACUUUUAAAGACCAGCCCGGUGCAGCGACUCCACACAAACUCCUCCAUGUUAUCGUCGUCUUCAUCGUACUCGGCCGCAGAGAACUCGUGGCGUCUGGCUGAAGUUCAGGAGUCCCGUCGACGGAUCGUACGGGAGGUCUGCGGAAAGUAUCGGAGUAAUAUUUCUCGAACAAUAACGCCGCAUCACGUGUCGCGGAUUUACGUGGAGGACAGACACAAACUGCUGUACUGCGAGGUGCCAAAAGCCGGAUGCUCCAACUGGAAGAGGGUCCUGAUGGUGCUGGCCGGCGUCGCCAAUGCCACGCAGGAAAUCAAUCACGUGGCCGUUCAUUACGACAAUCACCUGAAACGCCUGGACAGUUUUGACCGGCAAGGCAUAACCAAGCGUUUGGAGACGUACACCAAAGUGCUGUUCGUCCGCGAGCCCAUGGAGCGGCUGGUGUCGGCGUUCAGGGACAAAUUCGAGAGCCCCAAUUCCUACUACCAUCCCGUAUUCGGGAAGCCCAUCAUCUCAAAAUACAGAGUGAAUGCAUCACAAACAGCUUUGAAGACGGGAAGCGGCGUGACCUUUCGGGAGUUCAUCCACUACCUGCUGGAUGUGCACCGUCCUGUGGGAAUGGACAUCCAUUGGGAAGCAACCAACCAGCUUUGCAGCCCUUGCCACCUGCACUACGACUUCAUCGGGAAGGUCGAAACCUUGGAAGAAGACGCCAACUUCCUUUUACGAAAGAUCGGGGCCCCGGAGAACCUGACGUAUCCCUCGUUCAAGGACGGGAACCCCAAAGCGGCCAGAACUUCCACUCAGAUCACGCAGCAUUAUUUUUCCCAGCUGAACGCUUCGGAGCGGCAACGGGCGUAUGACUUCUACUACAUGGAUUACCUGAUGUUUAACUACUCCAAACCCUACAAAGACCUCUACUGAACCUUGCGCUGUAACUGUUGGUUACCUGUGUCCGUCGUCCGAUCGAUGCUAGGAUCUGUUCAGACACUAAUUAGACUAAUCCACAUUUACACAGUCUCAUCCUCUACCGUCGAUAACACAGAAUGGUCUUUAUUUGCCACUGAAAAGUCUGACCGGAGGUGACUCGACAAGUUACCAGUGACUAGUAACUGACAGCAUACAUUUUAUAUGGUGUGUAAAAACUCAAUCCAGUGUUUAAUAUACAGAUGCACUAACGUUUGAAAGUUUGUGGUCAGUAAGAUUUUGAUACAAUGUUACAGAAGAAUUCCAUUUCAAAUAAAUGCUGUUCUUUUGAACAUUCUUUUCAUCAAAGAAUCCUGAAAAAAAGUAUUGUAUAUCACUGUUUCCACAAAAAAAUAAGGAGCACGACUGUUUUCAACAUUAAUAAUAAUAUAAAUGUUUUUUGAACAGCAAAUCAUCAUAUUAGAAUGAUUUCUGAAGGAUCGUGUGACACUGAAGACUGGAGUAAUGAUGCUGAAAAUUCAGCUUUGAUCACAGAAAUAAAUUACAUUUUACAUUAUAUUCACAUAGAAAACGUUUAUUUCAAACUGCAAAAAUUUAUCACAAUUUUUACUGUAUUUUAACAUUAAAAAUCUUAUUGACCCCAAACCUUUGAACUGUAGUGUAUGAGGUGGGAUUUUAGACCAAUGAGAUGUCACUGUGGGCGGGGCUAUCCAGCAUGACAUCACAAGUAGAAACCAAGUAAUUGACCAAAUAUCUCCGUUUAGGUGUUUAAACUUGUUGCUUUGUCACCUGUUACGCUACAUUGUUCAGAAGACUGUAUUUAUAUCAUAAAUGUAGAAAUGAGCAACAUAUGUGAGAAAAAAAUACCAUGGUAUUACUAUGUUAGAAAGGUAUUAUUUCCAAUGAAAAAAAAUACUGCACAAUGGUGCAGUGAAGGUAUCACAUGGUAAUACUAUGGUAUUUUAAAAAAUAUACCAUGGUAGUAAACUUCAUCUACUAUAAUAUUUCAGGGUCCUUUUAAGAAUACCGCAAUGGCACAGCACAUGUACCAUGGUACAUUUUUGUAAGUGGUAUGUAGGAGUGCUAUUCAUGUACCAUGGUAUUUACAUAGUACUACAAGAAUACCAUAGUAUUACAUAAGCAUGGUACUUUUUGUAAAUACCACAUAGUAUAUGGUAGUACCGCGUUUUUUGAACACUACCAUGAAGUUAUAUUUUGAAGUAUAUCCUACCAUAUAAAUACUAUAGUACAUGAAUAUAGUAAUCAUACAGUACCAUCUGACAUGAUCAUAUACCAUGGUAUUUUUAGCAAGUUUUCUCCUACUAUAUACUGUAUAUGUUAAGAAGAUCACUCACUUCCCUUUAGCAAACACAUUCAAUCCUCCACCACUAACUACACUGAUAUUUUCAGAUAAAUCUAUAAUCUAUCUAUAAUUGUAAAAAGGGCAUUCAGAGGAUUAUAUUUUUCUAUGUAUUUGUAAAACGGCUUUAAAUGUGAUCGAUGCUUUUGUGCAAAUUCAUCUCUGAAGUCACUGACUGUCUGUUGGGUGUGUGAGUUUGAAACGAUCGCUUGAUGUGUGUGCACUAGAUCCUAAAAAUGAUGUUUAUUAGACUAACACAAGGAUGCGUGUGUGUUUGUCUGUGUGCGCGCGCAUGUGUGUGUGUGUGUGUUUCCAACACUACGCUGAUGUCUUGUACGUGACCUAAGUGAGUUUAUUUCCAAACACAGCAUAUUAAAUGACUAUUGACCUGAACAGAUUUUAAUUAUCCAAUGCAAAACACACAGUUUAAGAGCUAUAUAUGAUGAGCAUAAUAUAUUUUUAUUUUAUUUUAUUUUAUUAGAGAUCACAGAGAGUAGAUUUAUGUCAUAUGAAGACGUGAGAUGGUGUGUUUCACAGUAAAGACUGAAUCAGCUUUAUAACCGUGAGUGUUUCUUCUGUCACCUGCGUCCCUCACACUUCUUUAGGAAUAUGUUUAUAAAUAUAUAUAUAGAGAUCUAUAUGAUAUCACACAUACAGUAACUGGUGAAUGUAUAACUGUUGUUGGUGCAAAACUGUACAAAUCCAUAUGAUCUAUAAGCCCUUUGCCUUAUUUGACACUGCCAGUGUUUCAGGAAGAGCUGCAGUCGCAGACUGACAGUGAAUAAACAUUUUGUCUUUGG